AUGGAGAUAUGUAUAUCGGAUGAGAGUUGUGUUGAAGGUGAUUAUUUGCAAAUCGGAUACACGAAUCAAGCAGUUGGUUCCCAUGAUUUUGCAUCAUCAAGUUGUGGAAAAGGUGAUUUGUUAUUCGAAAACAACAAGGGUAUGGUUAUUGAUGACAAGAAACAAAAAGUAGUUGCCGUCGAUCAAGUAUACAAGGAUAAAGAUACAUUAAAAUAUGUGAUGGUGAACUAUGCAAUUACGAAUAGGUUCAACUAUCGGACAGAAAGGAGCAAUGCAAUAAGCUACACUCUUGUGUGCGUAUCAGUAGAGUGUGAUUGGAAAUUCAGGGCGUCAAGUGUCGGUAAGUCAGGAAUGUUUAGAGUUAGGGAGUUUCAAGACAAACAUACAUGUCCAUUGAAGGAAAAGGUUUAUUCCCAAUGCCAAGCUACAAGUCGGUUGAUAAGUGGGAUUGUCAAACCAAAAAUAUCAAAUCAUAAGAGGAAAUAUACGCCUAAAGACAUUGCGGAGGACGUCAAAAAUGAAUUCGGAAUGGAUGUGUCGUACAUGGUUGCUUGGCGGGCCAAAGAAAGGGCGAUGAACGAUUUAAUGGGUGGGCGGCUGAUUCUUAUAAAAGACUACUGGAUAUCUAUACAUUUUGGAUAA